UCCUCCGUGAUCUCAGCUGCCAGUCCCUCCAGCAGUACGGCAGCGGUAAGGGCCAGUAAAACAAAAAUAGUCAUCUCGUUGCCGUCACUUAUCCGUCUGCGUUCGACAGAAGUCCCAAAGCCUGAACUCAUCGAGGGACCCAAAGUGCAACUCACUGUUUACCCACCGGAGAGGCCACAGAGUGUGUGCGUUUGUGUGUGUCGGUGUGUUCACAUCUGUAUGUGUGUGUAUUCGUGAGACAAGAGAAGGAGAGAGAGAGAGAGAGAGAGAGAGAGAGUUAGAUACUUUGAUAUCUAACUCUGAGUGAUACCGAUACUGAGUGUGUGAAUACAGAAAAGACGGAGAGAGCUUUAGUUUGAAAGCAAAUGAUUUUAUUCAGUCCUGUUCGAUGGAAAUUGAGCAACAGCAAAUAUUGGUUGCUGACGUGUGAGAGGAGCAGUUCUGCAGCAGCAGAGUCGUCAGUGCUCCAUGAGCGGAAAAACGAAGAGCAAAGAGGAUAAAGACCAUGGCGCCAAAGAGCCCCAGUUAAAGGGCAUUGUGACCAGGCUUUCCAGUAGCCAGGGCUUCCAGCUGCAGAUGCAGCCCGAUGGCACCAUUGAUGGAACCAAGGAUGAGGACAGCACCUAUGCUGUGUUCAACCUGAUUCCAGUGGGGCUUCGUGUGGUGGCAAUCCAGGGCGUCCAGACCAAACUCUACUUGGCAAUGAACAACGAUGGCUUUCUCUACACCUCUGAACAUUUUACCCCGGAGUGUAAGUUCAAGGAGUCGGUGUUCGAGAACUACUACGUCACCUACUCCUCCAUGCUGUACCGGCAGCAGGCCUCGGGCCGGGCCUGGUACCUGGGACUCAACAAGGAGGGAGGCAUCAUGAAGGGGAACCACGUGAAGAAGAACAAGGCCUCCGCACACUUCAUACCGAAACCGCUCAAAGUGGCCAUGUACAGGGAGCCCUCCCUCCAUGACCUGACAGAACUCUCACGGUCCGGCAGCGGCACGCCGACCAAGAGUCGGAGCGCUUCGGCCCUACUUAACGGCGGAGGGAAAUCACCGAGCAACAAUGACUUAUCCUAGCCCCACACCCCUCACACACACACACACACAUUAAUGCACACAGACACAUGCGCACACACAAAUCUCAGGCGGAGGGAAGACGCCCAGCAACAAUACCUUAUUCUAGCCCCCUUAUACCCCACACAGACACACACACAUACACGUGAGUACACAUCCAAGCACACACACACACACACGUGGAGUCACACACAGAUCUCAGGCCGAUAUGCCCACACAUCAGGCUGCUGAGAGUCUGGAGACGAGGGAAACGGCGGAGGACAGGAAGGUGUCCUUCCACUUUCACGGAGCCCAUUGUGACUGACUGUGAUGUAAAUAAAUCAAGGACAAUCAAGCCGUCUGACUCUGCUGCUGCGGCCUGCAGACGGACAGGACCUGUGAAUCCCUUCCUGUGACGACCCGUCCCACUGGGCACCCAGACAGAACGAGGGAGGGAGCGGAGGAGGGACAGAGGGACUCGGUCAGUCAGUCAGUCAGUCACACAGUCCUAUAAACAGACUGUUACAGAGAACCAAAGAGUCCAAGUAUUAGCUAACAAAGUUAUCGCUACGAAAAAGUAAGGCAAGUGACAAGAAAGAGCCACAGAGGGGAGGGGGAAGGUCUUUAUCUACUCUACCGUACGCUAUGUUUACACAGAGUUCAUGGGGUUAAGUCAUAUUUUUAAAAAUGGCAAUCGUAUUCCUCGUACACUAACAAGGACUGAUCAUUUGUUUGCAUGCAGGUGCGCCUGUGUGUGCGUGUGUGUGUGUGUGUGUGUGUGUGUGAGUGGUCAGGGUUAGCGUGCCAUGCUCUGCUCUUGCAGUCGGUGUGGGUUUGUGUAUGUGUGUGUGGGCAAUUGAGAGUGUGUGUGUGUGUGUGUGUGUGCACGCAUGUGUCUGGGGGGGUGGGAUUUUACCUUUUUGAGAUCUGUUGUAUAUCAGACAAAACUCCUGAGGGCUUUAGCAGGUUAAAAAUAAGGUUUUACUGUAUAUGCUUCCAUGCUUACUUCUUACAAGCAAUGCUGUUGUUUAUCUUUCCGUUCGUUGUCGUUGUCCCUUGCUGUUUGUUUGUUUGUUUGUUUGUUGUUGCAUGGAAGCUUGUUGACCUCUGCUCAGUAGCAGCAUGCCGAAGGUCCUUUUUUUUCUGGUCUUACGUGUUCCCGACCAAGAGAGAACACUAGUGAGCCAAAAGUGUCAUACCACAACACUAGUGAACCAAUGUGGGGGUGUUAGAACACUACUGGACCAAUAGUAUUGCACCAGAACAUGAUUGGACCAAUGGUGUUGGACCAGAACUUUGGUGAACCAAUAGGAGCACAUACUUACGUAAUAUUUUGGUUCCUGCUCUGGACAAACUAGAAAUGCACUUAAUAAACUAUUUCUAAAGAAGUGAAGCCACCGUCUCUUCUUAUUCUGUUUAUAUUUUUAUCUCUUUUUAUUUAAAGGUUAUCUUUUCCUGAUUCCUAGUUUGUAUUCACAAUAUCUCAAGAACGCCUCGAGGGGAAUUCUUUCAAAUUUGGGACAAACAUUCAGUUUGAUUCAGAGAUGAACUGAUCAGAUUUUGGUUGUAGAAGGUCAAAGUGUCAGCUACCCAAUGUUCUUGUGAAUGUUAUAUAGCAAGAACACCCUUGGAAAAUUGGAUUUCUUGGAGCACAAACGUUUGUUUGGACUCAACUGAAUCUGAGGGUCAAAGGUCACGGUGACCUCACAAAGCUUACUUCUGGCCUCUUGAUAAUGAUUUCUCAAGUCUGCCUUACGUCAAAUUCUUACCAGCUGUCACUUGGACUCAUAGAUGAACUGAUUACAUUUCUGUGGUCAAAGGUCAUGGUGACCUCAUGAGUCUGGGGAGCAAAUGUGUGUAGCCUGAAGGUUGGUGCAGCAUUUAACUACAGCUUAAUCUUGUUAUGUUGGUGUCUAUAAAAUUUGGACUAAAAUCAGCAUAAUAAAGAGGGUU